CGUCCGGUGUGCGUGUUCGCGCACGCGUACCGCCUCGGCGCCGCUGUCGUUUCCUGUCGCUGCCGGGGUCACCACUCACCCUCGUUCCCAGGCUCUGGCCUCCGGCAGGCGGAGAUUCCGCGGCCUGCGGGGCUGGAACGCCGUCCGGCCAAGCCGGCGUCCAGCGGGAGCGGGCUGUGCGCGUGACGGUUCUCGCUGGCCGGGAGGAGGCUGGAGCGGGGACUCUCAAGCUCGAGCCCCAGAGCCCUCGGGCUGGGUCGGAGAGGCCGGACAGGUGGCGGCGGCGGCUAAGAAGCGGCGGGGCUCGGGCCCGAUCGUCUGCUGCGCACUGACCUGUGAAGUCCUGGGAGGGACGUUGGCCUGAAGGGAGCUUGUCCCGUAGGCCCAAAGCCAUCUCCUUGCCCGCAGCGGCCUCGGGAGGCGGAGAGGAGGGACUCGGCGAGAGGAACGCGCCGGAGCAGCAGCCGCCGGCCGGAGCCUGGGGAGCCCGGGGCCGGUCAGCGAGUCCCGACGAGGUACACCAGUUCACAGUCUAGCUUUUUCCAAGAGCAGCAGAAAAUGAAUGAAUCCCAGGGGUCAGUAUCGUUCAGGGAUGUGGCCGUGGACUUCACCCAGGAGGAGUGGCAGCAGCUGGACCCUGAUGAGAAGAUGACCUACAGGGACGUGAUGCUAGAGAACUACAGCCACCUCGUCUCUGUGGGGUAUGACAGCACCAAACCCAACGUGAUCAUCAAGUUGGAGCAAGGAGAAGAGCCAUGGGUAGCAGACAGCAAGUUCCUACAGCAGCAGCAUCCAGAAAAAGUCUGGAAAGUUGGUGACCUGAUAGAGAGAAUCCAAGAAAAUGAGGAUGAAUGUUCAAGGCAAGCUGUAUCAAUCAACAGCAGAACCCUGACCGAGGAGAGAGAGGAUGCGUUUGAUAAAACAUAUAACAUGGAAACAAAUCUUGCUCCUUCAAAUCUAAUGUCUCAUAAUUGUGUCUCAUGUGGGAAGACUUUGGAAUCUACUUCAGAAUUAAUUAUUAGUGAUGGAAGCUAUGCAAGAAAGAAACCUGAUGAGUGUAGUGAAUGUGGGAAAACAUAUGGAGAGAAACUCUAUGAAUUUCAUCAAAAUGGGGAAGCCUGUUCUCAAAAUGAAGAAAGUAUUCAGAAAAUUAAUAUUUUGGAGAAACCCUUUGAAUAUAAUAGAUGCACAGAAGCCUUAGACAAUGAAGCCGUUUUCAUUACUCAUAAGAGCACUUAUAUGGGGGAGAAGCACUAUGAAUGGAAUGAUUCUGGACCAGACUUCAUCGAGAUGUCCAAUUUUAACAUAUACCAGAGAUCGCAGAUGGACUUGAAGCCCUUUGAAUGCAGUGAGUGUGGAAAAUCCUUCUGCAAAAAGUCAAAAUUCAUUAUCCAUCAGAGGGCUCACACAGGAGAGAAACCUUAUGCAUGUAACGUAUGUGGGAAAUCCUUCAGCCAAAAAGGAACUCUCACCGUGCAUCGGAGAUCACAUUUAGAGGAGAAGCCGUAUAAAUGCAAUGAGUGUGGGAAAACCUUCUGUCAAAAGUUGCACCUCACACAGCACCUGAGGACUCAUUCAGGAGAGAAGCCCUAUGAAUGUAACGAGUGUGGGAAAACCUUCUGCCAAAAGACACAUCUCACCCUACACCAGAGAAACCAUUCAGGAGAAAGACCCUAUCCAUGUAGUGAAUGCGGAAAAUCCUUCUCCCGUAAGUCAGCUCUUAGCGAUCACCAGAGAACCCACACGGGAGAGAAGCUUUACAAAUGCAAUGAAUGUGGGAAAUCCUACUACCGGAAAUCUACCCUCAUCACACAUCAGAGAACACACACAGGAGAGAAGCCCUACCAGUGCAGUGAGUGUGGGAAGUUCUUCUCUCGGGUAUCAUACCUCACUAUCCAUUAUAGGAGUCACUUAGAAGAGAAGCCCUAUGAAUGUAAUGAAUGCGGAAAAACCUUCAACCUCAACUCAGCCUUUAUCAGACAUCGGAAAGUACACACAGAUGAGAAGCCCCACGAAUGCAGUGAGUGCGGGAAGCUCUCACACCUCACCAGCCUUCACACAACUCAUCUAGGAGAGAAGCCCUAUGAAUGUAGUGAGUGUGGGAAAACCUUUUUUGAAAACUCAGCCUUCGAUGGGCACCAGCCACUUCCCACAGGGGAGAAGUCGUAUGAAUGUAACAUAUGCGGGAAGGUGUUCUCUGAGCUGUCAUACUACACCAUACAUUAUAGGAGUCAUUCGGAAGAGAAACCCUAUGGGUGUAAUGAGUGUGGGAAAACCUUCUCCCAUAACUCAUCCCUCUUCCGACACCAGAGAGUCCACACAGGAGAAAAGCCUUACGAGUGUUACGAGUGUGGGAAGUUCUUCUCUCAGAAGUCUUAUCUAACGAUACAUCACAGGAUCCACUCGGGAGAGAAACCCUAUGAAUGUAGCAAGUGCGGGAAAGUCUUCUCUCGGAUGUCAAACCUCACUGUGCACUACAGAAGCCAUUCGGGAGAGAAGCCCUAUGAAUGUAAUGAAUGUGGGAAAGUCUUCUCUCAGAAGUCAUACCUCACUGUGCAUUACAGGACUCAUUCAGGAGAGAAGCCGUAUGAAUGUAAUGAGUGUGGGAAAAAAUUCCACCACAGGUCGGCCUUCAACAGCCAUCAGAGAAUUCAUAGGAGAGGGAACUUGAAUUUACUUGACAUGGGAAGUCUCCUCUGAAGUCAGUUCUCGUUCUAGAAAACCCUCUGCACAUAAUGGGUGUGGGAAGUCCAGCUGAGAGUCAGAUACCACUGUCUGAGAGUUCCUGUUUCUGAAUAAGGAAAAGCAUUUAGGCAUUGGGUUGAUUCUAACCUGAAUUUUCACAAAGACCAAUCCCUAAAAACACAAGAAACAAAGCUUUCAGCAACUCAUUGGACACCUAGACAGUUUACACAAGAGUAAAACUCUAUAAAUAUUUAAUAUUUAUUUUGGAUUCCAGUAGUCUUUGCAUAUCAGGGAGUCAUACCGAGGCAAAAUCUGUUGAAGCAAUGAAUGUGGAAAAUACAUUGUCUUGGCAGUUGUUAUACUAAAAGCCAUAUUGCUGACAUAAAAUCUAAUGUUCAUAGGAACAGUAUCAGAGGCUAUCAGCUCUGAAUAAACCUUCAUUGCAGAAAAUGAAGUUUUAAAAUCUUCUGGAGUUGAUAACGAGGACUCUAGCAUUAAAUGUGUACAUGGCAGUUUCUAUCACAUUUCCAAAAUGUGAGUAACAUUAAUUCUAUGCAAGUUUGGAUUUAAAUAAUUUGUGAAAAGGCAGUAUUCUUAUUUGAGUAUUAAGCUGGCAAAUGUACUAAUGUAAGCAUAUUGUGUUGAGGUGUUUGACAGGUACCAAAUAGUUAAAAAUCAUAAUUUUCUAUUCUUUUGAGGCAUUUUCAAAUGGGCUUUUAAUGAGUACUUCAUCAACAAAGGAGCCAGUGACUUUUGUAUAGCUUCCAACUGCACUGGAGCAAAAAAAACUUUUAAAUACUAUUUUCAUAAACCAUGCAUAGAUCACUUGGAAUCUGGUCUUUUCAGUGAAGGACAGCUAUACUGCUCACACUCUGUGAAAUACACCCCUCUCUCCUGCCACUCUUGUUUUUUAACCCACAGGUUUGAGUGUGCAGUUUGCUACUAUGAUGUAGUCCAGAAAUUCUCCCUGUGCUUUAUUUGAUAUGAAUCUGGCAUCAUUACUUUCUGUACUGACUCUUAUUCCAGAAUUUUGAAAACAAAUUGAUGCAAUAUUUCUAGCAGUCAUUUUUGGUUGAUUAACACAGUGUCCCUUCUACCCUCUUUCCUCACUGGAAGAAGUUAGGUGUCUACUAUUACUUCACAUAACACAGAGGGUGAAUCCUGAGUGACCUAAACCAAUCAUGAUAAUUUCAUUCUGAUUAUUGGUAACUUGUUUAUAGUGGUCACAUGACUGAAUCCUGGGCUAACAUAACAGAGACAGUUCUGGAAAAAAGAUAACAAAAGAGUGAUCAAAUGGGUCUUACUCCAGGAAUGUGAGGAUACAUUAAUAAUAAUAAAAAUCACUGUAGUCUAUCACGUUGAAGAAAAGUAAUCUAUUAUGCAGGAGACUCGUGAAAUUAGCAUCCAUUUGUGUUCUUAACAAACCACAUAUAGAAAAGAACUUCCUUUAUUGGAUAAAGAAUAUCAUCUGCUACAACAAACAGCAUAUUGAAUGGUGAAAUAUUGGAACUUUUCUCCCAAGAGGAAAAAACAGUGGUAUCUGCUGUCCCUAGUUUUAUUCAGUAUUGUGCAGAAGGACCUAGCCAGGGAAGCAAGGGAAGCAAAAGAAUGAAAAGACCUAAGGAAUACAAGUAAAACUUGCUUGCAGAUGACAUGCUUUUGUACAUGGAAAAUCCUAGGGAAUAUUCAGAUAAUUAAAAUUGAGCAGAAUCCCUGCAUACAAGGUAAUUAUGCAAAAAUUGGUUUUUAAUAUACCAGCAACAAACAUAAAGUGAAAAGUUUAAAGCAAUACCACUUACAGUAAUAACAGAAAUCCUUAAGUGCCUGAGGGGGGGAAAUUAUCUAACACUGUGUUUUCAAGAAUUGGGUCCAGAAAAAAAAAUUCCAGAAGAUUCAGUGUGAUAUAACCUGUUAAUUGUUUCCAGGACAGUCUUAACACAUUAUUGACUAGAGACUCAUUAAUGCCACAGGCAUUAGUUUCUGCAAAAAUCCCCUGGUCAAUGGUGUGUCAAAAAGAUGUCAGUUUUCCCCAAAUUAAUUCAUAUAUUCAAUGCGAUCCUAAAAUGCUAGCAUUUUUUAAUGGAAAUGAAUUCUCAAAUUCAUGUAAAAAAUUUAAAGACCAGUAACAGUCAAAGCUAUCUUCUAGAACAGAUAGAAGUAGAGGACUUACAGUGCCAGAUAUCAAGAGCUGUUAGAAAGCCAUAGGAAUUACCCUGUGGUAUUGACACAAAGGUAAACAAAUUGAUCAGUGAAAUUAUAGUAGAGAUUCCAGAAAACCUGUACAUAAUUCAGUCACUUUUGGCAAAGGUGAUAAUGUGUUGUAAUGUGGGGAAGGCUAUUGUUUCCAAUAAAUGGUUUUUUGAUUAAAUUUUAUAAUUUAACAGAAAAUAGACCAAUUGAAAUGGAGUCACAGAUUUAAGUAUGAAAUGUAAAAUAGUCAACUUUGCAAUUCAGACACCUGGCAGCAGAAUCUAGUGUAGAAGAAUGCAUGGUAGGUGAUCAGAUCAUAUUUGGGAUUUGCAGGCUACCUGGUUUCAUUUACGACUGCUCAACAUUGAACAGAGAUGUCCCAGUAAGACCAUUUGCAGAGACUGGUGGAGGUCUGGAUUUGGCCAGCAGGCUGUAGUUACUGACCCCUGAUCUAAAAAGAACUCCUACAGAUCUACAAGAAAAAAGAAAUGGGUGAAAGACUUGGACAUCACAAAAGAGACUAUCUGCACUGCAAAUAAACACAUGAAAAGGUAUAUUACUUUUCCUAGUAAUCUGGAGAAGUGAAGUGAAGUCGCUUCGGUUGUGUCCGACUCUGCAACCCCAUGGACUGAAUGAAGCCUGCCAGGCUCCUCCACCCAUGAGAUUUUUCAGGCAAGAGUACUGGAGUGGGUUGCCAUUUCCUUCUUCAAGGGACGUUCCUGACCCAGGGAUUGAACCUGGUUCUCCUGCAUUGCAGGCAGACUCUACCGUCUGGGUCACCAGGGAAUUCCUAAUCUGGAGAAGGCAGAUUUAAAACCCCAUGUGGCACUGCUGCCCACCUCUGAAGUGGUUAAAAUGAAAAGCAUACAAAAGCAUCAAGCUCUGGCAAGGAUGUAACAAACCCAUCUACACUGCUGGUGCUGUAGCCCACUGAUAGAGCCAUCUGGGAAAGCUGGCACUUGGAGCCAAACCUGUGUGUCUACCCUUUUAACCCAAGCCUAGCAGUCAUGCAUGCACGUGUCCAUUGUACAUGUAGAUGUCCACCAAAGGAUGUGUCCUGGAAUGUUCAUGGCAUAGAACUGAAAAACAACUCUGAAGGCACCUGUGCAAUAGAACCUUAAAUGUCAGUGGUGUUUCCACCAGUGAAUGCUAUAAAACAGAAAAAUGAAAGUCGCUCAGUCAUGUCCAACUCUUUGCGGCCCCAUGGACUGUACAGUCCAUGGAAUUCUCCAGGCCAGAAUACUGGAGUGGGUAGCGUUUCCCUUCUCCAGGGAGCAGGGAGAGUGAGUGAACAAUAAGCACAGGUAAAACAGUUUCACAUCUAAUGCUGAGUGAAGAAAUCCAGACACAAAAGCAAACAGACUAUGAUCCCAUCCAUACAAAGUAUAAGAACAGGCAAAACUUGUCUAUGCAGUUAGAAAUCAGGAUAGCAGUCAGCUUCAGCAAAGACAUGACAAGGAGUAUUUAUCUGGUGCUGGUGAUAAUUGGUUUCUAAAUCCGGGUGCUGACUAUCUGAGUGUUCAGUGCACUCAAGAUAUGUGUGUUUUUCUGCAUGUAUAUUACACUUCCAUAAAACGUUUUUAAAAAUCAAAGAUGUCUACCAUUUUUGUUGCUCAGCCCUUUAGCCAUAUUUUUCUAGAUGUACAUGAAUAUGCUGCAUAACAGGAACAAAAUGGUAGAUUUUGCAUAACUGUGCAGGAAAUACUCUUAGUUUUAAGGGCCACUACUAAGAUUUCCUACAUUGUGACCUUAAAGGUUAGUAUAAUGUAUAUUUUCAGUAAAUAUUUGGAAAGGAACAGGGCUAUUACAUACAUUGUCAUGCUCCCCUUUGGCAUAUGUAUUAGGUCUGGAACAUAUAAAUAGGUCUGGACCACCUCUUCAAUAAAGAACUGAUGUGUGUAAGCCUUA